AUGAAGAUUUUACAUACUAUACAGGAAGUUGUUCAAUGGAGAACCACUACGAUUGAUCGUCGUGGUAAGACGAUUGGGUUUGUUCCAACCAUGGGUUGCUUACAUAACGGCCAUGCCACUUUGAUUAAACAAUCUGUAGAUAAUAACGAUUUCACUGUUGUUAGUAUAUUUGUCAAUCCAUCACAAUUUGCCCCUAAUGAAGACUUGGAUCAAUAUCCACGUACUCCCGAAGAGGAUAUUAAGUUACUAGAGUCCCUAAAUGUUGAUGUUCUUUUCGCACCAUCUGCCAAUGAAAUGUAUCCACAAGGUAUUCCAUUAGACGUAGAACAACAAAGAGGACCAUUUGUUAGCGUUUUAGGUGUUAGUGAAAUGUUAGAAGGAAAGACUAGACCAAAUUUUUUCAGGGGUGUUACCACUGUUGUGACUAAAUUAUUUAAUAUUGUAAUGGCCGAUAAUGCAUAUUUUGGUCAAAAAGAUAUUCAACAAUUUAUUGUUUUGAAUGUUAUGGUUAAAGAAUUAUUCGUUAAUACAAAACUAACUAUGGUCCCAAUUGUAAGAAAUAAUGCUGGAUUAGCAUUAAGUAGUAGAAACAAAUACUUAUCCCCAGAAUAUGUCACUAUGGCCUCAAACAUAUAUAAGGGUCUUUCUUUAGCUCAAACCACUAUCGCCACUACCGUUGCUAAGGGUUUAUCUGUCGAGAGAGAUAUCUUGUUACAAGAGAUUAAAACUGCAUGGGAACCAUACACUAAAACAGCCGAUUUCAAGAUCGAUUAUAUAUCAAUCGCAGAUUUCUAUACUUUACAUGAAAUGGAUAUUGUCGGACCUAGCGACAAGAUCGUCAUUAGUUGUGCCGUUAAUGUCUUUGAUAAGAUUAGUAACAAUACCGUCAGAUUGAUAGACAAUAUCGUUAUGUAA